AUUCCCUUCUCCUCCAUCCUGCAUGAAUGCUCAGCGGAUAGUACGACCCUUGUGCCCCCUGCUCUACCCUCUCUGCCCCCUUCCUCUCCUCUUUCCAGACACAAGUCUCCCACCCCCAUAGCCCACAAGAAUAAAGAGGAAACCUGAAACCUCAGCUUCUAAAUCAAGUAACAGUCUCCCCAGCAGAAAUCGCACAGGGAUAUUGCAUGCCUGCGCGUACAAGUGUAUGUGUUCCCUUGGCCCGCUUAAAAUCCCCGGCGCCCCGUUUGUCCAGCCACUUCUCUUCCUUCAGCUUUUCUUUUUCUUUUUUUUGUCGUGUGUGGCUCCGCUACGUCUUCAGCCAUGUGUGUGUGCCAUGGUAUCGCUGUAUUCCGAGCCCUACCCUGUCUUUCUCGCCAGAAAACCCUGGCUUGGUGCAGUACAGGCUGCGCCUUGUGCCGACAACGUUUGAUUGAAUGUUCUGGAAUAAGAAGGAGAUAGUUAUACCUGCCCGC